AUGGCUAAGCUCAUCAAGUGCAUGCUGUACAAGCGCAAGACCCUUGUUUUAGAGCCUCAGUAUGCAUACAAAGCCAGCAAUGGCGAUGGUGACAGCAAUGGAGAUGGUGACAGCAAUGGAGAUGGCGAUGGCAGCCCCGAUCCCAGAGGCAGUGGCACCACUGAAGGCCUGGUUCUCCGCUCCCGAGUCGUCCCGUUCGCUCGUCCGAGCAGUGCAGCAGCAGUGGGCAGUGCAGCCGCAGUGGUCAGUGCAGCCGCAGUGGUCAGUGCAGCCGCAGUGGUCAGUGCAGCCGCAGUGGGCAGUGCAGCAGCAGUGGUCAGUGCAGCUGCAGUGGGCAGUGUAGCCGCAGUGGUCAGUGCAGCAGCAGCCGUCAGUCCUGAAGCUCUCCCCAAAGCCCAGCGCUCCCGCUGGAAUUUACGUCCUCGUCCUCUGGCCACUGCANGGGUUCCUGUUGCUCAUGGCGUUAGCACGCGGUCAGGUUCCCAGAGAGGCAGCCGUGACACCCAGAGCCGAGGCCGAAGCAGCGGCCGCGGUGCACCCAGGCUCCGCUCUGAACGCUGCCGCCUACGAAGCCGUAAAAUAAAGAAGGAGCCGAAGAUGGAGCUGGAAGUGGAUCCGGAGCCGGAAUCAGAGGCAGAGCAAGAGCUGGAGCCACAACCUGGCCCCAGCAGCCUGCCAGGAGCAAGCCGGUCCUCCUGCAAUAGGCCUGCAGUUCCAAGGAGAGCCUCCCGAUCUACCGCAAGCUCUCCUCCAAGGCGCCCAGUUCGUAUGCGAGCCUCUUCCCCUUCCCCUCCAUGUAGUCUAGAUCCCUUCCCUGCGCAGUAUUAUGAAGGUGCCAGUUCUUCCUCCUCACAGUUCUCCUGUGUGUCAAGUUCCCAUUCUUUCCCCAAUAAGCCACCAGAUCGAGGCUCCUCACCUGCAUUAAGCUCUGUCUCUGCUCCUAGUCCUAACACCCUUUGGCAUGCCUUGAUACCUGAUCUGGAUAACCUUGAUUCUUCCUCUUCUGGAGAGUCAGGGAAAGAAAUAUAGGAUGCUCCUCACUCUCUUACAGAGGAGGACGUGUAG